AUGGCUGGCACAGGGGUCGCUACCCGGGGGUUCUCAGGUUACAGACCGGUCUGGUCCAAGCUGGCACAGGGGUCGCUACCCGAGGGUUCUCCGUUUAAGGACUAUCCUGGUCCAAGCUGGCACAGGGGUCGCUACCCGGGGGUUCUCCGGUUACAGACCAGUCUGGUCCAAGUUGGCACAGGUGUCGCUUCAACGCUCUUUUGUAAUAAUCCACCCCGUUUUGUUCUGCAGGUUAACCUGGUGGGUAUCGACAUCUUCACCAACAAGAAGCAUGAAGAUAUGUGCCCCUCCACCCACAACAUGGACGUCCCCCACAUCAAGAGGAUAGACUACCAGUUGGUUAACAUCGCUGAAGGCUACAUGACCUUGAUGAGCGACAACGGAGACAUCAGGGAGGACCUGCGUGUCCCCGAGACCGAAGUCGGAAAGGAGAUCGAGACAAAGUUUGAAGCCGGCGAUGAGUUCAUGGUAAGCGUAAUGGCCCGGGGCGUCCUAAUUACUGGAUGCUGGUCUGUUUCCACCUGA